AAACCAGACAUCAAUCAUUACCAACAUAAGAAACACCAAAAGUCCAAAGAUCAGAUCUUGCCCCUGUGUACGGCACAAAUCACCCCUCGUCAAAAAAGCCUUCGUUUUACGCACUUUUUCCUUCGCACGCAGAAGGAGGAGAAGAACAUCAUAUCAGAUCCAAAAGCUUCUCUGACGUAUUUGCCUUUUUCUUUCUUUUUUCGUGCGGCUUGCUCCUUUUCGACAGCCUCGAGUUUGCACGUAAAGAAGUUGUGCUUGAAUCAAGAUGGAUCAGCAAGGACACGGUCAACCUCCACCAAUUGGGGUUGUUCCUGGCUCAGCUCAAUUGCCAUAUGGCACGAUGUCUUAUCAGCCAGGCCAGAUGAUGGGCCCUUCGAGUUACGCGCCCAUUCAGCCGACUAGUCAGCCUCAGCCACCGGGAUCCCAGCUAGCACAUAACCAACUGGCCUAUCAGCAAAUUCACCAGCAGCAGCAGCAGCAACUGCAGCAACAGCUCCAGUCUUUCUGGGCAAACCAGUAUCAAGAAAUCGACAGGGUCACUGACUUCAAGAACCACAGCCUCCCGUUGGCCAGGAUCAAGAAGAUCAUGAAGGCUGAUGAGGAUGUGAGGAUGAUCUCGGCCGAGGCGCCGAUCGUGUUUGCUAGGGCCUGUGAGAUGUUCAUCCUGGAACUGACACUGCGCUCCUGGAACCACACUGAGGAGAACAAGAGGCGGACGCUCCAGAAGAACGAUAUCGCAGCGGCAAUCACCCGGACCGAUGUCUUUGACUUUUUGGUGGAUAUUGUUCCUAGGGAGGAGCUGAAGGAGGAAGUGCUUGGGGCAGUUCCAGGAGGAGGGCUGCCUGCCAGCGGUCCCAUGGAUGGGCUACCGUAUUGCUAUGUUCCGUCACAGCAGGUGUGUCAGGCCGGGCCUCCGGGGAUGUUUGUUGGUAAGGGUGUGGUUGAUCCCGCCAUGUACCCGUACAUGGCUCAACAAAUGUGCCCGGAGACCUCAGAGCAACAGCAAUCUCCCUCAGAUCAUCAGUAGCUAUGAUAUGGAGUAGAGGAGAAAAUAUUCUCCGCAUUUAGGACAUUUGGUAUCCGAAGAAUGGAAUGACUGGCCUUCUGAUUUGAUAACAUGAUUUUGACUGGAGAAGAGUGAAGAUUACGCAUAAUAUGAUUGACAUCAGUAGCUGACCUUGAUUUAGCCUAUGUUUCAUUGCUGAUCUUGAUUUAGCCUAUGUUUCAUUCUCAAUUUUCCCUGUUUUAGUUACCUGAAGAUACAAAACAGUGGUCAUUUUGGUAUC